AAUUGUAACGUGGAAGACAUGCCCUCGAGUGGGUGAAAGGAGAGUUGCGCCCCAUAUAUGAAGCUGGACAAGCAAAAAGAAGAGCCAGCAGGAAUCUUUCAUACAUGGCAAUGCAUUUCUUUUUUAAUCAGAGACUCGAUAAGUGCUUAGCGUGCCGAUGAAAAAAAUUAUUAAAAUGGCAAUGACCCACACGUCGGUUUGAAUCCCUUUGCCGCAGUCUGCUUUCUCUCAAGACCUAUCUAUUAUUCUAAUAAUGGCUUAUGGGCUAUGGCCCUGCAUUCUCUUCAUUGAUCAAACUCCCUUGCAGUGGUAUGUUCUUGUAGCUUUAUUGUCCACUGCAAGUGCGAUGGGAAGGAGACCUUGCUGUGACAAGGUUGGAUUGAAGAGAGGCACAUGGAGUGUCGAAGAGGAUCAAAAGCUCAUGAACUUCAUCCUCAGUAAUGGGAUAAAAUGCUGGCGACAUGUUCCUAAACUUGCAGGCUUGCUGAGGUGCGGGAAGAGUUGUAGAUUAAGGUGGAUGAAUUAUUUGAGGCCUGAUCUCAAGAGAGGUGCAUUUUCAGAAGCCGAAGAAGAUCACCUGGUUGAGCUUCAUUCACGUUUGGGCAACAGGUGGUCCAAGAUUGCUGCAUUUUUCCCAGGCCGUACAGAUAAUGAGAUCAAGAACCAUUGGAACACGAGAAUUAAGAAGAAGCUAAAGCUCCUUGGUCUAGACCCACAAGGCCACGAGCCACCGAUUGAGCAGGCUGAGACCAGCUGCGAUGCAAAAGAAAGCGCAUUUGCAGCUAUGAAAGAAGUAGGGGGCAACAUUAACGUAGACCAGAAUUUACUAGAAAAUCCAGUCUCAAAGGUAGAAACUAGGCUUGACAACGACCAUUCUUGCUCUGGCCACAAUACCAGUAAAGCUUUGAGAGAAGAUUCUGAUGCAGGGUGGUCAACUUUUCCCUCGCUCACUGACCUGCAAUCCGAUUCAUGUUUAUCAAGAUCAAUGGAUGAGUAUGUCUUACAAGAGAGUUCUUCUGAAUCUUACUGGAUUGAUACUUAUGCGGAUUCUUUGCUCUCAUGGGAUGGCCUCAGCUUUAGCAAUCUGGAAUAGCUAGAUAUUUCUUUUUGACGAUCAUCAAUGAGAGUGUGGAUCAAUGUACAUCAUUUCACCUUUCAUGUGAGGUGGCAUGUAAUUACAUGUAUAAUAUCUAUCUUGCUUAUGAGCAUUUGGAGGCAUUCUUUACAAAUCAA